AUGUCAAAUAUACCCUCUUCGAACAACGAUGACGGAGACUCUUUUGGACUUUCCUCAACUCCUACCCCACAGCCAACAUUUCCAGGCCUCCACAGAACGCUAAGCCGCAGUUCCCAGUGGUCAGCGAGCGACACGCCUGCACACCACAACCAGGGCACUUCCUACUUCCCCACCCAGCCUUCUUCGCCUACUGCACAAUUUCACCCUUCUCCUAUUCUCAGAAACAGUUCUGUGCAUUCCAAUAGGCGGCCAGCUAGGAGCACCAGCGUCAGCAGUUCGCAGGCUACAAAUCGAGGGUAUCGUGAUGACGACGUUCUGAGUGAGGCCAAUGAAGACGAGGACGAAGUUGAUGAUGAAAAUGAAGACAAUCGGCCUCAUGUAAAUCGGCGUGGCAAAGCUCCAGCAGCGCCUGAAGAAGAAGAAGAAGGCGAUGAAGACGAAAGCGAUCCUAUCACGACCCUAAAGGAGCGACAGUCCUUGAUUAAUGUACAACAUCCUUUCGGUCUUCCUAUCUGGAAACCAGCUUUGUACAAGAAAAGUCGCUCGGUGACGCGUCAUGCCGACGAGGCUCUCCACUCAAUCCCCUCAGCGCAGGCUGAACGACACCUCCUUCCAGGGAACUUGUUUUGGGCAGCGUUUUUCGGCUGGUGGCUUGGCCUUAUCUGUAUUUUUAUUUCAAUCAUCCUUUAUCUUAUUCCUCAAGGUGGACAACAAUAUUCAAACCUUGUAUACGGCCUAGGAUGGUAUCUGUUUUGGCCGUUCGGAAAAUACGUUGAAGGCGACCUUAACGUUGUUGAUGACACUAAGGACGAUGAUGAUGAAAGCCCUCACAGUGCAAGGCGUUGGAGUGACAGCAAUAACACAGUGCGGGGAGUUUCGCCUCCUAGAGAAGACACCGACACUGUUAGACGCCCUGUAUUCUCUGCCACUUCUACUAUAACGCCUGGUACUGUUAACGUACCCAAUGUUUCAUUCCGUGCCGAAACUCCAGGAGAGACCACAAAUCUUCUCGGUCGUAGAACAUCACAAGCACCACUUCCAAUCAAGUCCUAUGGUACAGCAAUGGUACCUACACUAACCGCUUCGUCAGGAACUGCGGUCGACACGUUUGGAGAAGAAGCUGAGAAUGGCACUCUGAUUGGUAAAAUAUGUUUCUGGCUGGCCUUGAUAUCCCUCAUUGCACCUCUCAUGCUUCUCGUUUGUAUAAUCUGCUGGGCACUCGUGAUCACUGUCCCAAUGGCUAAGCUCAAUUGGGCACUUAUCAAACAUUUAUUUACGCAGCCAACCCACAUCCGAUUUUGCUCGGCGCCACCUGUUGUUGUGGUUUCGACCAGCUCAACGCCAGAGGACAAUGUCGAGUCAAAUGGCGAUGCAAAUCUCCCUACAGCUGCGCAAUUUUCAAUCAAACACCCCAGAUUGUCCGAAGGUCAACAAGCUCCAUCCGGUUCACCUACAUCGACAGUUUUGCUCUGUACAUAUCGAGCAGUUGGAUUACAAUAUUACAAAUAUACAGUAGGCGGAGUCAACAUCCUUUUUGUCAAUCUCUUGCCCGUUGUAUUUUUCGUCAUUUUCGAUGGUUUUGUUCUGCUACCGAUUGUCGAGAAAAAACACCAUCAUGGCGAACAUGUUCCAGGGUUUUUAGCUUUUCUAGCAUCGCAAGCUGUUAUUUUUUUCCUCUCUCUCACUAGUGUGAUACCUCUAUCGUACUUCAUUGGUAUGGCUGUUGCUUCUAUCUCGGCCCAGUCAUCCAUCGGAAUGGGCGCUGUCAUCAAUGCAACAUUCGGCUCCAUCAUCGAAAUUAUCCUAUACAGCAUUGCUUUGGUGCAAGGGAAAGGACAUCUGGUGGAGGGAUCUAUCGUUGGCAGUUUAUUGGCAGGAGUAUUGCUCAUGCCUGGAAUGAGCAUGUGCAGUGGUGCCUUGCGCAGGAAAGAACAGAAAUUCAACGCAAAGAGUGCAGGUGUAACUAGCAUGAUGCUGAUCAUGGCCAUCAUCGGUGCACUCGCUCCUACUUUAUUCUAUCAGACGUACGGCAAUUUCCAACUUGUUUGCAGCGGUUGUCCGUCUUCUCCUGGAAAUCCUGGAGAUGCACCAUGGAUUUGCGAUCAUUGUUAUUACAAACAUCCAGACCCUGUUGACGAUCCCUUUUACCAAUCCACUGUGAAGAGCCUGAUGUACUUCUGUGCGGCUGUGCUACUAUUUUCUUAUCUGAUUGGUCUUUGGUUCUCCCUCCGCACGCAUGCAUCCCAAAUUUGGCAAAAUCCACAACAAUUGUUACAACCAAUGGAACUGCCUACUCACAGGAUGUCGUUGUAUAACAAGAUCUUACACCCAGGACAUACCAAUGCACCCUCUGGGUCUCAGCCUCCCGCCCCACUGCAUCGAAAGCCAAGCAAUACGAAUCAGACAGGCGCCGGCGCUUCUUCCCGUAUCGGAACAUCUUUACCUCGAGAGGGUUCCAGUUCAGGAAUCAACCCACCUCUGACACCUGGAGGUCGCUACGCAAGUGCAUCUCCCACUUUCCAACGUAAAGCAUCAUAUCCACCAGUUCAACCAGCACAACCGCCAAAUUUUCUGCCCGUCUUGGAAAGCGUUGAUCACGCAGUUAAAAAUGCUGAUCUGCGUACUAUGCAUUUGCCAGAACCGUUGACCACUGAUGACUUUACGCGCGCGGUGGCAGUGGCCACUGUUAGCGCACUUCGCCACCAACAAACUCAGUCUCAUCAACGAAUUCGGUCUGCAGAACAUGAAGGUGGUCAUGGACAUGAUGCUCCAUCCUGGAGUCGAACGACCAGCGCAAGCGUGUUGCUCGCAUGCACUGCGUUGUAUGCAGUUAUUGCAGAAUUGUUGGUCGACGUCGUGGAUGUUGUCUUGAAAGAUUCAGGUAUCGACGAAAAAUUCUUGGGUAUCACUCUGUUUGCUCUUGUGCCAAACACAACCGAAUUCAUGAAUGCUAUCUCUUUUGCUCUAAACGGAAAUAUCGCACUAAGCAUGGAGAUCGGGUCUGCAUAUGCACUCCAAGUUUGCCUACUUCAAAUUCCUGCAAUGGUAGCAUUCUCUGCAUGGUACGAUCCCGUAAAUAUGGGCGAGGUCGCUAAAACUUUCUCGCUUAUCUUCCCAAGAUGGGAUGUAAUUGCCAUCAUCUUGUCGAUGUUUUUAAUGACAUAUACCUACAUCGAAGCUAAGAGCAAUUACCAUCGUGGUAGCAUCUUGAUUCUCAGCUACCUGGUUCUGAUUUCGGGUUUCUAUUUCGCUCCUGCCACGGCUCUUGAUAUUGACCAAGGCCAUUUCGUACAAACCUCGGGACUCCAGGAGUUCCCCGGUGUUUCCAUCUUGCAGACCGUUCGAUGGUACUUGCAUUCUCUGUUCUGA